ACACCGUGCCCAUUUUCGUGCCUGCACCCUGCACCACCUGCACGCCCGCACCCCGCAUGCACACCGAGAAAAUGACGGGCGCUGAGUACCCAAGCUCGCUGCUCAGGUUGCGAGAGCUGCAGGAAAGCUUUGAGAGAGAAUAUAAAGACGCAGAGACGGAAGAUCGGAACUCGCUAAUCCACCGCUAUAUUGCCUCUGUUGAUGACAGCGAUGAUCGUUUCCUACUCGGUGACUUCGGUUCAGACAUGGACUGGAUUAAUACCUCUAGACCGCUGACUGCGUCGGACCUGCGCGGCCGCGUGGUGGUGCUGGACUUCUUCACCUUCUGUUGCAUCAACUGCCAGCACGUGUUGCCCGAGAUCAAGCGCCUCGAGGAGGAGCUUCCCCCGUCCUCGGGGCUGCUGGUGGUCGGCAUCCAUUCGGCCAAGUUCCAGCACGAGAAGCGGCCGUCGAGCAUCGGACAGGCGGUGCAACGCCUGGGCAUCAACCACCCCGUCGUCAAUGACUCCUCGAGCCGGCUUUGGCGAAAGUUGUGGGUUAACUGCUGGCCCACAAUGGUGGUCCUAGGGCCCUCGUCGCAGGCCCUGCUCAUGCUGGUCGGCGAAGGGUCCACGAGUUUCCUGCAUCUUUUCUGCCGAGCAGCGGUGGACCACUUUGGACCCGACCUGCGGCUCAGUGCGUUGCCAUUGGACCCAGGCGGCACGCCUUUUUCCAAACCCCUCCACUUUCCUGCCAAAGUGUUUGCCACCGAGACGAGGCUGGUCGUCGCCGACACGGGACAUCAUCGGGUGCUGGUGGCGGACCAUGACGGCAGAGUGCUGUACACGGUCGGGUCGCCGGAGCCAGGAUGGCGGGACGGCGCCCUCAAUGACGCCCGCUUCAACGGUCCGCAAGGGGUCGUAUGGAGGGACCCUCACUUUGUGUACGUCGCAGACACGGGGAAUCACACCGUUCGCGAAGUGGACUUGGAGCAGGCGCAAGUACGGACCGUGGCGGGCACGGGGCAACGGGGCUCCGACCUGGAGGGGGGCAGGCAGGGACCCCAGCAGCCGCUUAGUUCGCCGUGGGACCUCUGUUUGGUGGAAGACAUACUCUUCAUUGCCAUGGCCGGCUCCCACCAGCUCUGGGCGCUUGCGCUGCGGGAUAGCCAACUCUUUGGAAAGCUGCAUCUCGGCGCGGGCACGUGCUUGCGCAUCGCGGGCAGCGGCAGCGAGGAGAACAGGAACAACAGUUACCCGUUGCGAGCCUCGUUUGCCCAGCCCUCGGGAAUUGCCUUCCAUCCGCCGGAUGUGCUCUGCAUUGCCGACAGUGAGAGCUCGGCAAUCCGGACGUUGUCUCUGCGGACUGGAGCUGUGAAAAAUCUUGUUGGUGGAGCCCUUAAUCCUACGGACCUGUUUUGUUUCGGGGAUGCCGACGGCAGCGCGCUGGAUGUCCGGCUCCAGCAUCCCCUGGGCGUUUGCUGGAGUUCCGACAAACAGCUUCUCUACGUGGCCGACAGUUACAACCACAAGAUCCGGAAAGUGGACGUGCAGAAGCGCCUCUGCACCACGCUCGCCGGCACCGGCGUCGCGGGUGACGCUACCGGGUCCUUUUCGGACGAAGUGCAGUUUGAUGAGCCCGGCGGCCUCUGCGUCGUAGGCUCCCGCCUUUAUGUUGCCGACACCAACAAUCACUGCGUCAAGCUGGUUCACCUGGACUUGGGUUUUGUGGAGAAGGUAACUUUGACCCUGCCGGAUGCGACCGACUCCAGGGACGAGGAUAGUGCCAGUAUGGACGUGAGCAGAGUGGCUCUGGCGCCAGAAGCGUGCCUGCGGUUAGUUCUGGAGCUCCCGGCGGACCUUGCGCCCGGCGCUCCCCACCAAUGGAGACUCUCCUUCGACGAAGAGUGCUGGCUGCCCCUCUCUCCCUGCUCUGGGACUCUCGGGGAAACCGAGGUCGCCGCGAAGCUCCGGCUGCGGUCGGAAAACGUGGCACGCCUGGACGUGCGAGUGAUUCUGGAGACCUACACGUGCAGGAACGGGACGUGCACUCCUCGGCUCCAUUCGUUUCGCGUUCCCGUUGCUGUGGCCGGCCGGGGCAAGCUACUUGGUGAAUGCCGCAUCACGAAAGAAAUGUACGAGGAGUGAGCGUGGAUCUCGUUCGACAAGUGCUAAGCGGCGAGGGUGCUGUGAAAAUAAGUAACUAAUGCCGGGGAGCAACGGGGAUGAUCCUCUGCCUCCCUUUCGAGGCCGGCUUCGGCCAGUUUGAGCCAACAAACGGCUAAUGCUGUUUAGCUGUGUACAUGUACAUCCGGUCAAAGUUCUAAGGGUGAGCGCUCGUUUAUCCAGCAUUCUUUCUCGCCAUGGAGCAAAAAGAGACACUGGAGAAGAUUAAUAUGUAUCAGAGAUUUGCAGUAAUAUCCCAAGUCGUCGUACACCCCACUCCAUCACUUCAAAUAUUCUAAAUUUGAACCCCGCAAUUCACAAACACCCGUACUCCCUGAACAUUGCGACCGUGAACCACAAGGUUGGCAGAUGUUCCGGGACGAAGACGAGAGAAAAGAAAUUGAACUUUUUCACUUUUUUCGAAAUGGACAACUGAGUGUGUAGUACUAUGCAAUUUUAUGAUGGUAGCUAGGACCAUACUGCUGCAACAUUUCUAAAAGUUAGUUUUUUUUUAAGAACCAUUACCGAAUAGAACUGCCUACUGAAAGAGACCAUUGACAGCCCAUUGCCUUAGGACUUUUUCUCAAUGCUUAAUAUAUUUACUAUACAUGUGCAUAUAGUGGAUUUGGAUUUUAAAGCGAAUGCAUUAGUGGUUUUGGCCGAAUAUCUUUUAUUCAAAUAUCGAUUAGUUUCUUCAAAACCUUCCACUACUGUUGCAUCGUGGUUGAUUUCGUGACGGUUGUUUCCGAGCUUCCACUGGUUGAUUUCUAAGCGAAGUUAAUUUUAAUCUAAGUAUAAAUAUAAACUAUGGUCUCAGAAAGUCCAGUGCCUACAUUGGGAUUGCAAAGUAAAUGACGGAUUUGACAUAACAUUAAACCUGUUGAGGUGCCAACCUAUACCUAAUCGAGAGGAUUUAUAAAUCUUUCUAUGCCAAUAUCCUUCCACAUGAUGAAAAUAGCUCAAAGGACGAAGUGAAGAAACACCCGGCAGGAGAAAACUUCUUUCAAUCUUAAAUUUGUAUAAAAAAAAAAAAUCAUGAAUGACGUUACGUGAUUGCGAUAUUUGUACUUUUGGAGAGGUAAUCACGGCGGCUUAGCCUUGUUGAGCACGCUUUUUAGCGGGCACCGGUGUAUUGCAAAGAAGAAACACACGCGGAAGCAAAUUUUGCGUAUGUUGCUUCUCCGCAGUGCUCCAGUGCUUGGCAAGUUGCACGCUCAACAGGGCUAACCCGCCGUGAUCAACGCUCGAAAAAUAUUAAUAUCGCAGUUUAUCUCGAAAUAAAUGUCAAAUAGCGUAUUAUUCGAAACUACUUUUCGAAAUUCGGAUAGUCGGGCAGUCUUAGUAUUUAAGGACUUGCCUGGUUGAAUUUGUUUUUUUCUUAUUUGUUAUUGCUGUUUUGUAUUGAAGAUGUGCCACCUUUUACUACGUCCUUUGACUUGUGUUAUAUUCACACUUAUCUGACCCCUAGCGGGGUCUGUCAAAUACAUAAAUGAAUAACUUCAGUGCCUUGUCUGGUAGCGUGCCAAAGGCAGCAUAAUAGUCCCUCCCGGGCCGCCGGUUGCCGACCCCUGGUUUAGCCGAUGAAAGUACACGCACAGGAGGAUGACAAAUAUUAUGAUGUCGUGCAUUAGAAGCUCUCUGGUCCCGUCAUCGUCUGAAUCUCCAAACGAUGUCGGCAACGCCAGGAGCUAAAAUUCGUAAGAAAAAAUUGCAAUAUAGUUGGAUAGUGGCUCCUGUGAUAAAACAUCAUUAGCUCGGUGCGCGCGCGCAUCGAGCUUCACCGCUUUGCAUCGGAGUGCUAGGAGCAGCGGUUGACAUGGGUGAUGGUGGAGCGCAUGUGUUAGCGCGAUAGACUCGGUAAUUAUGCUCGGUAAUAUUACAAAUCGACCUUCUUUAAUCCAAAUUGUAAAUUGACCUAAAAAAAAACAGUUGAGAAAUAAAUAAAAUGCGGGUCUAUAUCUGAUAAAUAUGGUAUAUAUAGUUUCCGCGCGACAGUCAUUGAAAAAGCAGCGAACUUUAACUCAACUCUGGCUCCAUCGCCUCUUUAUAGAGCAUUGUCGUUUUUAAAUCACAAGAGUAGGUUUUCAUACGUGUUUAGGGGUGGUUGUUCUUGCAGUUUAUGAUAUUAGUCUUGCGUUUGGUAGUUGCAUAAAACUGGGGGACGCAUUUAAGAGCGCAGCUCUUAGGCGCCCGUUUCCGGCUUGAGCGGCGUCGCCGUCGGCGUAACCGCGCGGUGCGUUAUGGGAUGUUUCCCAUAAUGACGUCACCGCGCGUUGCAUUAUGGGUAAUUUCCCCCGCUAAAUUUCGCGGAAAAAAUUCCCCGCUAAAUUUAGUGGAAAAUAUUUCCCGCUAAAGUUAGCGGAAAAUAUUUCCCGCUAAAUUUAGCGGGAAGUUUAGCGAAAUUUUUCCACGAAAUGGGAGGAGGGGAGAAUACGGAUGAGGAGGAGGGGCAUACGCUCCUCUCAUCCUCCUCCUUCCCUUCCUCCUCCUCAAGGGCUGCGCUCUAAUUCGGCGUUACAGGGGGCUAUAAACGUCUAAUUUUUUAAAGCGAAGUUGUUAUGCGCUAGGGUCUGGGAAAAAAUGCGUCCGCGGAUGUUGACAGAAAGCUUCCCGUUGGUCGUGGCAAGUAUGAAUAAAUAAAAAGAGGGGCAACCAGCGUGAGUCAGCCGUCUUUGGCAUUGAGGUCCUGAUCCCUUGUUACCAUCUCUAGGCAUCGUCCUCGAGGUAGUCCUUGAGUUCGUCCUAGCUGUCGUCCUCUAGGACGUCGUAAAGAUAACAGCUUCGCUGGUCCUCCGUCUUCACGUGAAGUGGAAGGGCUCUACAAUUUUUUAUUGAUAGAUACGUUUUAGCGGAUAUGCAAAUUUUACUGGCAUUUUACAUACAUUAUCUUUACCAGCUAAAUAAACUACCGAGCGUAAAAGAGGGGGGGGGGGGGGGUAGCGGUUUUAUCUCAGCUGAAAUGUUGCGCCACAUUUCGUUUGUCUUUUUUUUUUUUUUUUUUUAAUUCCCAUUGUAGUGGAACUUACUCUAAAAAGAAGGCCCUGUGUUCCCGUUGCGCCCUCUAAAUGGUGUUUUUUGUUUUGUUUAAAAAAAACAAAAAAAGAAAGAUUUGUUUAAAAAACCGUGAAAGCUACACUAAUGCGGUUUGUGCAAGUGAUUUAUAUGGUCGUUAAUUAACUAAAACAUGUUAAUUAACUUUUUUAACUAUUGAAGAUACACAUAUAUGGUUCUCAUUAGAACUUUGCUGAUCAUCAUCGAAAACAACUCAAUCUACAAUAGAAACUUUGAGCACGAGGGAAGUGCGUUGUGGCAUUAAAGUUACCACUCGUGCAGCAGGAGCAAGGCUGCAGGAGGGAGUAAGGAAGGAGCAGUCCCGGAUAUCCACCUCUUAGCGGGCGAUCCCGGAACUACUGAUCGAAGGCCAAGUACCGUGUUGAUCACUUUGGGGAGCAUCUGUGAGCCGUCUUCAUAAAAACAACAAAAAGGAUGAUGAGCAGUAUGAAAAGGGGGGUUCCUUCUUUUUUAAGCUUCCCAAAGACAACUUCUUUUAUGAAGAAAACGACAUACUAGAUUUUCUUAGUAAGAAAUGUUUAGUUUUCGGUGAAAUUGUAUUUAUUACGUCAAUAAAAUAGGUCUGCGCAAGUGUCUAACCAGUAUAUUGUAUUUUUGUCAUUGCCUUUUUUUUU